AAACGGAUGCGAGGGAGACUACAUGCAGGCUUUGACGGCGUAUUUUCUAUACAUUGAUAUCCAUAGAGAGCAGAGCCGAAGCUAGUCAAAUCAGUUCAUGCGUUCCUAUCAAGGUUCAAAGAUUCAGUAAAUUAUUCGAAGUUUGACUUCCAUCCUGCUUUGAAGGAAACAACGAAGAACGUAUCAGAAAGAACGUCUGCAAACAAACAGCAUAGACAUAAAUGAAAGCAGGUAGAGAUCAAAUGCCAAGGAUUCAAAGAGAAACACUCGUGGUUUACAACUGAAGAGUUUCAAAAAUGAAAGGUAGAGAACACAGCUAUAUAUAAACUGUGGCUAGUAGUUUUCAUCCUAUUAUACACCGUGUUGUCCUGCAGUACUAUAUAGAUGGACUGAGUUGACUAAACAUUAGUUGUGAAGUGUUAUCAUCGCUUGCUAUUCAGCAUGAGGUGUGUACUUUGGCUCCUGUUGUUGCCGUUCUAUUCUGACUGUACAGCUGCUGAAUUAGAUCCUGGUGAGCAGGCUAAAGUAUCUACAGCACUUGAUACGACUCAGUUUGUACUUAGCCAACUCGCAGCCCACGUAAAGGACGAACAAAAGGCCCUUAAAGAAGCAACGAAGGCUUCAAAGAGCUUGAAGAGUGCAGAACUUCUCAAGAAACAAACGAAGUUACUCAAAGUUGGUAAGAUGGUUGGACGUGCACUUAAGGCUAUCCAGGCUGCCUCUGCUAUUGCCAGCUUUAUCUUCACCUUCUUCAUGCCAAGUGAUUUGGAGGUCAUCACUUCGCUGAUAAAUAAAAGGUUUAACGAAGUCAAUGCGAAGCUUGAUCGACUUGACCAGAAACUUGACGAAAUGGAGGCGUCCAUCAAGGCAAACAGUGCAUUUAAUACUUUCUUAUCUGCCUGGAUAAAAUGGGAGUACAAGUCAAAAAAUGGUGCAAAGAAACUAUCGGAUAUUCGCAAGGCAAUGGGUACUAAAACCCGAAGAAUAGACCAAGUGAAGCUCGCUGAAGAAUACGUCAAGUACUACGAAAACAACGACUUGGAUGGAAACCUUCUCAACCUCUACAGAAUGGCGGCUCUUCCAGAGGGGAUAACUCAACGUAACCUCAUCACCGGUCUUGAGUGGAAAGGUAGUAGGUACUUCAAGGUGGAAGACCGCUCGGAUCCCGGAAACGUGAAAGAGUACUACAUAGUCUACGAAGAUACAAAAUCACUGGCCAGCUGCAGUGAAAUCAGACAAGCCAAAACCUUGUUGGUUCUUAAAGGAUGCGAGGGAUGCAAUUCUGAUUAUAUUUACGCUGCUGACAACAUCCUGUCGCACAAAAAGUGCGGGUCAUCAAAUUUGCAAAAACUUGUUGACUUUCAAACCGAAUGCAAAUCAUCGAGGUAUCGGUAUAGCUAUUGGACUGAGAAGGAAUGUAUAAAGGAUUUGAAAAACCAAAUCAAGAAAAUGGGAUUUCUUGCUACUAAUGUUAACACCAACUACAACCCGUGCACUACUAGUGAGAAAUGCAGUGGUCAUGGUCAAUGCAAGCAGAUUCCUUUUACGAAGACCCAUCAGUGCAUUUGCGUGAGCCACUAUGGUGGAGAGUCUUGCGAAAAACGAAUUGAAUUUGAUGAUACCACAGAGAGGUUAAUGGCCCAACUGCGCAAGACAUUUAAUGUUGUGAACGGUGUUCCUACUGCUGUUGACAUUUUCUUUUCUAUAAGGUCUCUGUCACAAAAGCUCGACCUWGUUCUGCUAAAGAUCAAGGCCUCUUUUGCUCACACGAACAACAUCAUACAACAUUCGAGAAUCAUCUACAACGUCGAAGACAUCGCUGACCUUUAUGCAAAGCUCCAAAAGRACRAACUGAGUUUCGAUCGGUUYGGUCAGAAAAUGGACCUGUAUUUGAAGACGAUCACGGCUUUUCAAUUGCAGAAUAGACUCAAGAAAAUGAUCCUUGGUCAAGGUACAUUGGACAAACCAGGAAAAGACAUUUACAAUUCAUACAAGCUUGAYUACUUGAGUCACAAUGGCGGAGGCUGUUCUGGAAGUUACAAUGCAGACAUUAAAGGAUUCAGAGACGAUUUGGCCUACUUGGAUCAGGCACUCGGAGAAGCGUUGUUACUACAUAAGAAAUGGUUGCUGGAGACGAAAGGUACGACUGACGCCCUCCGAUCACAGUACAAGAGAGAAGCCCAAGAAAUAGAAAAUGUUUUCAAAGRCCGUCAGAAAGCCUAUAACCAAUACUGGAACAAGUACAGCUGUGGUACUCUUGGUGUUGAAGGUACGACAAUUUCCUGCAAACACCAGCUGUCCUUCGAAGGAAUGACGAUGACUGUAAGUUGUGACAAGCAGAGACAACCUACUCCAGGAACAGUAAAGUGUAGAAAGAUCAACGGCGUCUUGAAAUGGGACUCUCAGCCCAAGUGCAAAUUUGUUUGGGGGAAUUGGCGUCACGAUUGGACUCGCUGUUCUACAAAUUGUGGUGGUGGGUUUAAGACCAAUUACAGAUCUUGCUUGGGGACGAACAAUGUCGAUGACUGYAAGCGAGAUCAAGGCGGAUUGAAUUACAGGACUACAGCGUGUAAUACUGUAGACUGCUGCUCUGCUGGCUUUGGGAAAUUCAGGUGCUCCAAUGGCAAAUGCAUCAAUAAGAAUUGGAUCUGUGACGGGGACAAUGAUUGUGGUAACAAAGAUGACGAAAGCCGAUCGCGUUGUCCAUCCUACCUUCGUUCGGGGGACACAAUAGCUCUAAAAAGUAACGCAAGAGGCAGUAGCUGGGUAAGCUGUUAUUGUACUGUUAACUGCGGUGUAAAAAAAUGUAAACUUCGCAGUUGUCCUGGUUCUACUAUGGAUUCGGGAGAUUGGUCAAGGUGCGGCAGUGAAACGUUUUACAUAAUUUUGACGUACAACAGUGAAUCUGGCAGAGCUAUUCGAAACGGUGAUGGUGUGGCGUUUUAUUACGGAGCUGAACAUUGGCUAAGCUGCUGGGGAAGUGGUAAUAGAUGUCGAACAACGAUUUGUCCUGGCAGGUUCACUUAUGAUUUUAAUAAGAACUGCUGUGGAGAGAUGUUCUGGAUAUAUGCACCAGAUCGUGGCAGUAACAAACCCAUCCACAAGGGCGAUACCGUCUUUAUAAAGUAUUCUUAUACGCGUGGCUAUUCGUGGUGGUUAAGCCAAGACGAUGGUGUCAUCAAAACCCGAACGUGUCCUGGCGAUUCCAUAACACGGGACGACAAGUCACGAUGCAGCUCCGAGAGUUGGAACAUCAUCGUCCGAUAGACAACAUGCAAACCUUCCAGGUAGCGGGUAGCACCUGUCAAGUGGUGUUACUUCAGAGUGUGUCGUCCCUGCCUACGCGAGACCCGGGCUCAGCUGGCUCCKGCUGACAGUACCCGGUAAGGGCCCCUUCUCAGGGAUACGAGAACAACCCCACUGCCUUGUGGGUGUCUCGGGAGAGACUAAGGCUAAGGGAGUAAACCCUGACAGAAAAUCGAAAAAUCAGUAUCGUGAAGCAAUGAGAAGAUCAGCAACAGUUCCUCCUCUUUGAUGCAUACCAAUACUCCUUCCAUUAAACCGUGUUGCAUUCUUCACAAGAAACCCAACAAGUAACCAUCAGCAAAGAUGUCAAGGAACAUGUAAAGCGAAACUAGAUGCUUCAGGCGAUACAGGAUAACGAAAAUGGAACUGAAAAAUGGAACGGACUUGAUUACUGGUAUACUGUUAUAUUUAACAAUUUGUUAAUUCAGUGUGAGGGUAUGAUUUAAAUUUUUUUCCUUUUUCUUCUUUUUUUUAUGGUCCAAAAGCAUUUAAUUUAUAUUUACUCAUCUUGCAUCACAUUGCAGUAAGCUUUUACGUUUGUACGAAAUCUUAAGUGCCCUUAAUCAACGAUUUAUGUUGAAUAUCUAUGGAUUUGAAAUUGCCGACUAUUAAUUGGUCACAUCCGAGUUUAGGUUGUGUCGUUUACUCAGAAAUUGUGGUUUGUUUUAGAAGUGGUGUUCAUUUCGAUCACGUGUAGUACUAUAGUAUUUCGAUAGGUUUUAGUAUACACCUAAGUUAGUGUAUAGGUCAAUUUUUGGCAAUAUCGUUAGACUGGAAGAAAGCAUGAAAUUUGGCUCAGAGUUAACUUAGACCCUGUAGACCAGAUUUAGAAGGGGUGUCACGAAAUCUGCUGUUGGGGGAGGGGUAUUUUCAGUUACAUUUCUAAAUUUCAGUAGCAAAGAAUGCUAUGGAAGACAUGCGUGUAUGACCCAAUCCAAAACAAAUUUACUUCCUGGUAUGGAAUUCACUGGCACCCCUUCUGAAUUUUGUUUCUUAGGCUCUGCGUUUCAAGUGACGUAAGGGAACUUAGUGCCAAUUUUGCUCUCUACUACAUUCAAACGACCUUUGCAUUAAGCAAGUCACAAUAAAACAUUACCAAGGGACUGAUUUAGGGCACGAAAUCUUGCAUAACUAAUAAUAAUAAUGAUGAUAAUAAUAUUAAUAAUAAUAAUAAUAACAAUAAUAAUAAUAAAAUAAAUUCUUAAUAUAGCAUGUUCCACAAAUCUCAACACGCUUUACAAAGCAUAAAAGAAAAAUAUAUUAUAUUAAUAAUAUUGAAACAGAUAAAAAAUGAAAACUUAUAGAAAUAUACAUUUGUUAAAUAUAAAACACAGCAAUAAAUUGAUUGAAAAUUAGAUAAACUGAUUAGUUCUUGUAUCGUAUAUAAGAUAAAUCAGCUUUUUCUGACAUACGCUUAUUAUUUUUAAUUUGUUGCAUUUUAUUUGGAUGACAAUAGAUUAAAUGUUGUAUUGUGUGAUUAUACUACAAAAUAAACGUUACCUAAAUACUA